AUGGAUGCACUGAAUGCAUUUAUGAAAUAUACGAAGUAUGUGCGUUUUCUCUCUUCAUUACUUGGAUUGGACGUUCUAGCUUCUGACUUCCGAACCGGAAUAAGAACCUACAUAUCCUACCUGGUGCUGAUUGUCUAUGUGAUUCUUACCGUAAAUUCGAUUAUCAUUGCGACCGAUGGAACUGAUACGUUAAAAGCUCUCUCAUUUGGAGGGUUUUUCUUUCAAUGUUCAUUGAAAAUAUACUUUACGCUCUCUCGUUCUAAUUUAUACUAUCAAAACCACGAACAACUUAAGAAAACGAUUUACUUAAAGCACUUGAAUGGUGAUGACAAACAGAAAGUUGUCGUAUUGAAGAACAUUACGUUAUUACUCAAUUUGGUGAAAGCAACUACUGUGCUGUAUUUGUCAACCAUUUUGUUGUUUUCUGCAUAUCCAGUUUAUAUGUAUGUUUUCGAAAAAACUGUUGCCGCCAUGUUUCCACUUUAUAUUCCUGGAAUAAGCAUUGAAUCAGUCCACGGUUAUUGGAUAACAAAUAGUUUUCAUCUUUUAUUUGCAAUAUAUGGCUUGUUUGGCGCAUUAGCUUCAGAUACUGGUUUUAUGAUGUUCAUAUUUCAUAUUAUUAGCUAUAUUGAAUUAUUUGCAAUAAUAUUCGAUAAAUUUGCGGAAGGUUUAACUUUAGCCCAAAGCAACCCUGAUUCCAAAGAUCAUAGCGAUUUUUGUCGCACGCAAAUGCGACAAAUAGUUAUAAGCCAUCAAGAAAUUUUGGCGUAUCUUGAAUCACUUCAACUUUGUUACGAGAAUAUCUGCAAGACGCAAGUCGGAACGACUGUAAUAACUCUUUCGGUUAACUUGUUUCUUGCAUUGGUGACGGACUGGUAUGCCACGUAUGGCUUUGUGAUUACGUCAUUAUUCCAAUUGUUUAUUUAUUCUGUAUUAGGAACUAUAAUGCAGCUGAUGAAUGAACGAGUAAUGAGAAUGAUUUACGAUUUUCCUUGGCACCUCAUAACAAAUUCCGACAGGCGGUCCUUCACAUUUUUAUUAAGCCGAAGCCAGCGACCCAUCGAAAUGCAUAUUCGGGGUUUUGGUCCUUUGAACAUGGAGGCUUUCACCGAAGUUAUGCGGCUAAUUUAUUCGUCGUUUACUAUGCUUUAUAGUUUUUUAACCGAACAAGAGCUAUAG